AUGAAUGCCCCAAAGAGGAGGCGUAUUUCUUCAGGUGAGAUCAAUCAAGUACUAGACGAGGAGUCCGAUACUGAUGACCUAUUUGAUGGUGAGAGCUCUAGUUCUGAAUCCUCCAGUGAUGAGGAUAUUGAGGGAACAAACUCUUCUUCCGAUAGCGGGAGUGAAUAUGACUUUUCGAUGCCGAGUGACUGGACUCCAAGAGGGAGGGAGAGAGAUCCCUUUAAUUUUGUUGCCGAUCCCGGUGUGAAAUUUACAGUUAAAGAUAAAGAGAACCCAUUAGAAUAUUUUGAGAAAUUCUUUGAUGAUGAAAUCAUUGAUUACCUCGUGGAAGAAACAAACAGGUUUGCAAAGCAAUUUCUAGAUGAAAAUGUAGAACAUUUGCCUCCACAUUCACGAGUACAUGGAUGGUUUGACACUUAUGCAAGCGAAAUGAAAGUCUUUAUAGGUCUAAUUAUUUUACAGGGCAUUGAUUCUAAGUGUGAUAAUUCAAUGUAUUUCUCAACACGAGAGAGUGUUUCUUCUCCUUUUUUUCGAAAGGUAAUGAAUGGGCGUAGAUUUGACUUGUUGCAUAAAUUCUUACAUUUGGUUGACAAUAGUACUAUAACAGAUGGACCAGGAAGAAAGUUAGCAAAAAUAAAACCAUUCGCUGAUCUUAUUUUGAAGAAAUUUAUGAACAAUUACAUCCCAAGUAGGAACGUUUCUGUUGAUGAGUCUUUAUUAGGAUGGAAGGGAAAUCUACCAUGGGUUCAGUAUAUACCAGCUAAACAUAAAAGGUUUGGAAUAAAGUUUUAUGAACUUUGUGAAAGUUCUACAGGUUAUAAAUGGAACUUUUUCAUUUAUGCAGGGAAGGACACACAAUACAUGGAAAAGUAUAUGAAUCUUCCUGUGUCUAAUAGGAUUGUCUCCUCUCUUAUAGACCCUCUUUUGAACAAAGGCUAUUGUUUAUAUACAGAGGAUUUUUAUACAAGUCCAACAUUGGCAGAUGCACUUGCUGAUGAAAAAACUGACAUUGUCGGUACUGUAAGGGUCACUAGAAAGGACGUGCCAGCAAAAAUAAAAGGAACUAAACUGAAAAAAGGUGAAAAAGUAGCAGAAUUCCGGAAAAAAUCUAUGGUACUGAAAUGGAAAGAUAAAAUGGAAGUAUGUGUUCUGAGUACAAUGCAUGAUGAUUCUAUGAUGAAAGUGAAAUCUAGGAGGGGAAAAGAAAUGUAUAAACCGAAAGCAGUUGCAGAUUAUAAUGCAAACGUGGGCGGAGGUGAUUUGUCUGAUAAUUUAUUGGUUCAUUUUUUGACCGCAAGAAAUAGACUGAAGAAAUGCCACAGGAAAGUAUUUCGACAUUUGUUAGACAUGUCUGUUCUAAAUUGCUAUGUUACAUAUAGAGCCCUUGGCGGGAGGGUUGUAAGACGUGAGUUUAUUUUGAGGAUUAGUGAAAGACUGAUUAUGAAAUAUGGAGAAGAAAGACCUGUUCCCUUACGCAGGCCCCCACGACUUACAGCAAAACCUUCACGGCUAAUCGGCAGGCACUUCCCCGAAUAUUGUCCAGCUACAGAUAAAAAGAAGAGGCCACAAAGGAUUUGUGCUCAGUGCCGGAAGAACAACAUAAGAAGGGAUAGCUCAUAUUGGUGUAAGGACUGUGAAGUUGGAUUGUGUGUAGCCCCUUGCUUUAGAGAUUGGCAUACGAAAGAGUAA